GCUGUAUCUGCUCUGAAGUGCCAGCUGCAGCAGCCCUGCGGAGAAGGACGCUGGAGCCAAGGGCAUGAGGAACUGGUGUCUGUGUCAGAUUUGCACCUGCGGGCAGGGUUUCUCUGUGUAACAGCUGUAGCGGGCCUGCAACUCAGGACCAGGCUGUCCUGCAACUCACAGAGACCUGCCUGCCUCUGCCUCCUAAGUGCUGGGAUUAUAGGUGUGCACCACCAUGCCUGGCCAAUUUCAUCAUUUCUGUGAGCUGCUUCUUCAAAAAGACAGAAAGACUUAACAAGUGUAAACAGCUAUAACUACCAGCAAAACUAUAAAUCAGAAGGAAGAAAUUUUCCUUUUAAGGAUUGCAAAUGUUAGGCUAGAAGGUGUUUGCUUUCUUUUAUAAUAAUUUAUCUGCACUUUUAUGUCUUAUAUUUGUCCACAGUCUUUGGUAUAUUACACUGUGAAUGCAGUGCUCUGGUGGACAAUAAAAACAAUGACAAAUUCCAAAGCUUUGACUUGUGUUCUGUUAAUCAGUGCAACUCUAUGAGAACUUUACAUGACCUGUGUACUCUGCUCCUGGAUUUCCCAAGGGUCUGGGACCCUGCAUGGGACAGAAUCACUCCAGCCCUUGACAAUAGCUUCAUUUUCAGUGGACAUUGCUGAGUCUCCGGACUCUUGGGACUUGGAAGCUUCUUAGACACGUGGAAGAAUAAAGGAGAUGUGGAAUCAGGAUGCUGCCUGACAUCUCCCAGCUCAAGCCCUCUUGGCCUCUACUCUAUCCCAUGCCCCAACUCUGCUACCCAGAACAGAUGCUGUGCUCUCCCCUCUUCCUUUUGUAGCUAUGUUCUCAAUCAGUCACCUGUAAGGGUCUGUUGUAGGUGAAAUUGAAACGGAAAACUUGUCUGCCAGGAAGUUUUCUUCCUGGGAAAUUCACUUGCUAGCUUUUCUACUUCAGUAGCAUAAGAAGUCACUAAACUACUAUGAGCAAAACCAGUUUCUGCUACAUAAGGCUACACUGUAAUUUACUUACUAUUUUUUAUAAGCUUCAAUGCAGAGGGGUAAGCUGUGCUGAAGUUCAAAGUGGUGAGUUCACUGGGGACCCUGUUAACAUGCAAUAACCACACCAGAUGCUUUUAAGGCAAAAUAAUGUUUCAGUUUAUUUGUUUGUACAGACGGCAUCGUUGUCCACAUGGAACCACAAGGGUUUAUGAACAUUCUGGCAUAUCUUGCCCCACAACGGAGUAUUUGGAAAAAUAUCCAAAAUAUGGCAAUGUUCUUCCACCUCAGAGUCUUAAACCCAAGCAAGAAUUUCAAGCACACCGUGGUAAAAUGGAAGGAAUAACUACGUUUAAGUCAGAUUAUCGUCCUUACGAAGUAGUCAAGCAGCCUCGCCACAUUCCGGAAGAAUAUAAACCCAAACAGGGGAAAAUUGAUCUUGGGACUACCUACAAGCGAGAUUUUAAUCCUUAUGAAGUACAGCCUGUGGUAAAAGUCCGGCCUGUGGAAAGACAACCAGUUCAAAAAGGGAAAUUGGACACCAUCCCAACUUAUAAAGAUGAUUAUAGAUCUUGGGAUAUUCAGAAAUGUGAACUGUGUAAACCAGAGCAAGCUUACCAUCCCCCAGAUGUGAAAUUUGGAAACUCCACUACAUUUCAGGAUGACUAUGUUCCCCGGGAGAUAAAGCCUAGGCAAAGCUUCAAGCCCUGCUCUAUGGUCAAGAGUUCUGUAGGCCCCUUUCAUGGUGAUACAAGUCAUCGUCGAGAUUAUGUACCUCAUCAGCUAGAAGUUAAGUUUGCAAGGCCAAAAGAAGUUUAUAAGCCUACUGACCAGCCUUUUGAGGAUCUUACCACUCACCGGAAUGACUUUCAGGGUUUUACUGGAGAAAGUGCAAAAAUCUGCAGACCUGCCCACACAAGAGUAACCCCAAACGCUCAGUUUAAAGGAAGCACUGAAUUCCGUGACAGUUUCCAACCAUGGGAAAUCCCACCACCCAAAGUCAAGAAAGUAGCAGAGUAUGUGCCCCCUCAAGGAAGCAUGCAGUUACAUAGUACCAGCCAUCUCGACUAUGUCCCCUAUCAGGCCAGCCGCGCUGUUGCUAUUAGGCCAGUUUCUCACAGAAGAAAAAGCAAUUUUCCUUUCCAAGGAAAAAGCACCAUGAAGGAAGAUUUUCCAGCGUGGGAAAGUUGUCGUCAAGGACUUAUUAAGCAGCAGCAACAGAUUCCCAACCCAUCUGGAAAAUUUGAUGGUUUGAGCACUUUCAGAUCUCACUUUGUGCCACAUGAAUUGAUUCCAGUGGAGAGCUGCAAACCUUUAAAUGCUGCUGUUAAGAGUUCGGUUCCACUUGAUGAUGUUACCAUGUAUUCUAUCCAGUACACACCAAAGAAACAGGAAAUCUGCCCGGCUAGCUAUCCUUCUCCUCCAGGUUAUAUAUUUGAAAAUACAAAUUCCCAAGGACAUAAAUUCUUUCGCAAGAUCAUUCCUGCAGUGAAGGCUUUUUAAUAAUCAAGUAAUUUUUAUAAGGAAGCUAAUGAGAGUUCAGUUUUUUAAGAAAAAACCCAAAUUUUAUAGUGAAAACAUACUAUGAGAGCUAUAACAUACCAUUUUUUAGCUUUUAAAACAAGUUGGGACAUAUAGAUCAGAAUUCCCAAAUCCAUUUUGUACUAAUAGUUUAACCAAGAAUGCUCUUUGUUGUUCUUGUGUUUUGUUUUUUGAACUAGGACCUCCCUAGUGCAUUACCUGUGUCAGUCUCUUGACCCAAGAUUGUUCUUUAAUAGACCUUUCUGAAGGUUAAAUGAUGUGCAUGCUCAUCUACACAUGCUGUUGCAUAGCUUGUCCUCAGUCUGUUACCAUUUAUACUUUUUACAGUUACACAAUUAUACAGCUACUCUCAUUGUCAUUUACCUAGUACACUAGGUCUGUCUAGAACAAAAUUGAAGAUGAGAUAUGGAUUACUCUUCCAAAAAAGUCCAGGAUUCAUUCAUUCAUUCAUUCAUUCAUUCAUUCAUUCAUUCAACUUCAACAUAUUUACAGAGCCUAGAACAAGUCAAGUUUUGGUUGGUGAUGUCAGAGACUACUGCUCUGCUCUUUGUCCUGUUCAACAUAGCAAGAGGCAUUGUGAUUUGAAGAAAAGGUCCUCUGGGCUGGGAAUCAGAGAACCAGAGUUCAAAUACUAAUAUCAUCAGUUUCUAUUUGUGCCACUGUAAGCAAGCUGCUCACAUACAUACCUCUGCAAUUCAUGUGUAAAAGAACAGUGGUUCUGUCUACCUCACAAAAGAUGGUUGGGAACAUCAAAUCACAUAAUACAUUUGAAUGCAUAAAGUAUAAAUGUAAGGGGUGAUUAACCCUCAGCUACUUUUUGUACUUACUUUUUCCUUUUCAAAUAUGGAUAGUUACAGAUUUAAUACUCAUUACCUCAUCUCCAGCAAGGAUUGUAAAAUAACCUUUGAGUUUAUGGUAAUAUGUAUUUGUGAGAGGCAUCUGCCCACUGUAGAGUCACAAGCACCCUAUAAAUUAUGGCAGAGAAUAGAGAACUUAGAUUAAAUACUUUGGUGUGAAUGGCUAGAGUAGUUUUAGGAAGGACUUCCAGCUUUGACAAAAUCUCCAGGAAAAACCUAGGCACUUAUGCAUCCAGUGACCACAUCCAGAACCACUGUUCACUAGUAAGAGCCAUAACUACCUUGGUCACCACUGAAAGUGUAAGAUAAGUGCUAAGAAGGAAGGGGAAGAGAUGCCAGUAAGGGACAUGGAAAUAGCCUACUACACUUACAAAUGCUGAAAGUUGCUAGUGAACUAAGAUCAAGUGAUUAUUUUAAUAAACGAUCAUAUAUGGGAGAACAAGAUUGACCUUAAAAUGAAUUUUAAUGUCUUCAUAGUUGUUUAAGAUUUUAUACUGAGGAUGAAUUAAUAGUAUUUUAUUAAAUAUUUCUAAUUAAUUGAAAGGAAUUCCCCAUAUUUGCAUUUGUUAUAAAUAUAUA